GUCGGAACCGAAUAAGUAGUGUUUUACAUUAACUCAGUUGCCGUUUUAUACUCUCUUUAAAUAUUCGUCUUUAUAACAACAUACUACGGUCUACGGGUAUUAUUAUUAUUGAAAGAAUUAUAGCAAAAACACUGGUUAACAAAUAAGCCGAUCAUAUAGUAACAAAAUAAAUAAAUCAAUAAUCGUAGUAACAAUCCAGAAGUAUAUCUACCAAUUCUAUCGCUAACUAUGAUAAACACGGAUAAAUGACAAAAUAAAUUCAAAAAUAGCAACUAAAUAGAAAAAGGCCGGCCAAAUCAGUUGACUCAAAAUAGCAAAGCCGCGGCGGCCAAAGCUGCGCCAGCAAACCCGACUCCGUUCAUAACAGCACCGCUAGCAGCGGUCUCGGGAGCGCCGGCUGGACUCACACCGCCGUUGGGGGAAGACGCCGGUGAACCGCUGAUGGUCGCAGGAGCCGGCGGGGAAGCAAUAGGUGCCUCAGAAGCAGGCGCCACGGUAGGAGCAGCAACAGGGGAAACCGGCGGUGAAGCAGAUGGGGCCAAGGUUGGUGCCGGCGGUGAGGCAACCGGUGAAGUUGUUGGUGCCGGCGGUGAAGCAACCGGUGAAGUUGUCGGCGCCACGGUUGGAGCCGGUAGACUGGCCAGUGGUGAAGCAGUGGGGGACACGGUUGGAGGGGCCACGGCCGGAGCAGGAGAUCUGACCUGCGGUGAAGAUGAAGGAGCGAGAGUUGGAGCGACGGCCGGCACUGCAGAUCUCGACGGCGUUGGAACGGGAACCCUCACCGUAGGCGCCCGGACAGGGGAAACAACAGAUCUGGACGGGGAAAGAGCCGGCGCGGCUGAUGGAGACUGAGCUAAGGUAGAUCCAACCACAAACAAUGCAAUUAAAGCCAAAACUGCCCUAAAUUGAGCCAUAUUAACAGCAAAAAACGAACUGUAAUUGCACAAAUAGAAGAAAAGUAGUAGAAGUGGUAGAGAAGGAUUCUGGGAGGAAGAGAGCUUUGGGUAU